GCUGCCUCGCCUGGCCCCUGCUCCUCUUGCUGCUGCUGCUGCUGCUGGCCAUGGCAUCUCCUUCUCCUUCGGGGGCCAUCCUCCUCCUCCUGCUGCUCUCCUCCUGCUUUCUGCUCCGGACGAAGGGCUCUCCCUCGGGGCCCCUUUAUACCAACCAUUGGGCCCUUCGAGUGGAAGGGGGCCCCGGGGAAGCCGACCGACUGGCCUCCGCUUACGGCUACCUCAACCUCGGACAGAUUGGGAACCUAGAAGAUUACUACCAUUUUCAUCACAGCAAGACCAUUAAAAGGUCAACAUUCAGCAGCAGAGGGCCACACAGUUUCCUAAGAAUGGAUCCAAAAGUAAAAUGGAUGCAGCAGCAAGAGGUUAAACGAAGAGUCAAAAGACGCGUUCGACGAAACCACAACCUCCUUUCCUUCAAUGACCCACUCUGGCCUGAAAUGUGGUACAUGCACUGUGAAGACAAUGAUAGUGAAUGCAGGUCGGAAAUGAACAUCAUGGCAGCCUGGCAGCGAGGAUAUACCGGCAAAGGUGUCGUCGUAACCAUUCUUGAUGAUGGGAUAGAGAAGAAUCACCCUGAUCUUAUCCAAAACUUUGACCCUCUUGCAAGUUAUGAUAUCAAUGGAAAUGAUCCAGAUCCGACUCCCCGCUACGAUGUCAGCAAUGAAAACAAGCAUGGCACGCGUUGUGCUGGAGAAGUGGCAGCGGCAGCCAACAACUCCAAUUGCAUAGUGGGAAUUGCGUACAAUGCAAGAAUUGGAGGCAUCCGUAUGUUAGAUGGCGAUGUGACGGACGUUGUAGAAGCAAAGGCGCUUGGCAUCAGACCGGAUUAUAUCCACAUCUACAGUGCGAGCUGGGGUCCAGAUGAUGAUGGCCGGACAGUGGAUGGCCCUGGCGUUUUGGCCAAGCAAGCAUUGGAGCAAGGCAUUAAAAAGGGCCGUCAAGGACGGGGCUCCAUUUAUGUCUGGGCCUCUGGGAAUGGUGGCAGAGAAGGGGACCACUGCUCUUGUGAUGGAUACACCAACAGCAUCUACACAAUCUCUGUCAGCAGUACCACCGAGAAUGGGAACAAGCCAUGGUACCUGGAGGAAUGUGCCUCCACUAUUACUACCACCUACAGCAGCGGUGCUUUCUAUGAGCGACAGAUUGUUACCACGGACAUGAGGAAACGUUGCACGGAUGGCCACACUGGGACUUCUGUCUCUGCUCCCAUGGUGGCAGGGAUGAUUGCUCUGGCUCUGGAGGCCAAUCCUCUGCUGACCUGGCGAGACAUCCAGCACUUGCUUGUUAAAACAUCUCGACCCGUGCACCUCAUGGCCCCUGACUGGAAAACCAACGGAGCUGGGCAUCGAGUUAGCCAUUUGUAUGGAUUUGGCCUGGUGGAUGCAGAAGCUCUUGUCGUUGAAGCAAAGAAAUGGCAGAUGGUCCCUGCCCAGCACAUUUGCGUUGGAACUUCAAAUAAAAAGCCGUCGUGGUUCCUUUCUGCUUACAAGACAUUGCGGACAGCAACUGUAACCAAUGCCUGUGCUGACCAGCCUGACCAUCAUGUUGCUUAUCUGGAGCAUGUUAUUGUCCGAGUUACUAUUUCACACCCUCGACGGGGAGAUCUCCAGAUCAGCCUAACAUCUCCUUCUGGAACUAAGUCCCAGCUCCUGGGAAGGAGACAGCAUGACGAUUCCAGUCAAGGCUUUAAACAUUGGGAGUUCAUGACCGUCCAUUGCUGGGGAGAAAAGGCAGCCGGAGAAUGGUCACUGGAAAUCCAGGAUAAACCAUAUCAUGUACGAAACCUAAACAUACACGGGAAGUUAAAAGAAUGGAGCCUUAUCUUGUAUGGAACAGCUGAGCCACCAUCCUCUAAUUUCAGCUCCCAGCACUCCAGGUCAAGAUUGCUGGAGAUGCCAUCAUCUGACAUGGACAUCUCCAAAGUUGCUUUCUUCCACACGCAGAUGGAGAUGCCGGAGGAGGAAGAGGAAUAUACAGGUCAAUGUCAUACAGAAUGUGGCGACCAAGGAUGUGACGGCCCCAACGCCGACCAGUGCCUGAACUGUUUCCAUUAUAGCCUUGGAAGUAUGAAAACCGGCAGGAAGUGUGUGAAUUCCUGCCCUCCUGGGUACUUUGGGGACAGUGUUCAGCGGAGGUGCCGGAGAUGUUCCAGAGGCUGCGAAGCCUGCCUGGGCAGGAGCCACAACUCGUGCAUGGCCUGCAAGCGUGGCUUUUACCAUCACCUAGAAACAAAUACGUGUGUGACGCUGUGUCCAGCUGGGUUUUACUCUGACGAUGGUCAAAGACGUUGUCAGAAAUGUCAUCAGAACUGUAAAAAGUGCAUUGGGGAGAUGGAUAGAUGCACUGUCUGCAAAGAUGGAUUCAGCCUUGUGAACACAGCUGUGUUAUGGGGUGCAAACCGGGCAUGUACUUGAUCAAGGAACCCGUGCGUGUGAAGGAUUCCG